AGUUCCCACACUCCUCCGCCGUUUCCCCAAUACCUCCCUCAUUUGGCCCAUAAAGUCUACCCCAGCAAGCUAGCUGCCCAUCGCCUCUUGGCGGAAGCCCGCUUGUCCCGCCAUCCUUGAUACUCACCGAGAAAUAUGGACUCUGAAGACAGGAACUCGGCCGAUGUGCGCGAAGGAAACCCUCCAGUGUCGGCAAAGAGCGAGGAGUCCAAAGCGCCUGCCGAGAGCAUCCCCAAGUCAGCCGAGGGAGAGCCCAAGGCUAACGACAGGUCCGAUGGGAAUAAGAAACUGGCCAAGGACAAGAGCUCCAAGAAGGGCGCCAAGGGCAAGGCAAAGAAGUCCAAGAAGGCAGCAUCACCCGCCGCGUCGGAUUCGGAUUCGGACAGCAGCGACACCAGUGAUAGGUCAUCUUCAUCUUCGUCCGCCGACGACAGCGAGUCCGAAUCAGAGGUUUCUAAAAAGAAGCGGGUGACCAAGAAGCGUCACGGACCCCAAAGAGGCAAGAAGACGCGCGUGAAGAAGCCUAAGAAGACAGCUAAGACGCAGGGGUCAUCCGACUCUGACUCCGACUCCUCCGACAGCAGCGACAGUGACAGUUCGGAGGCUGAGGGCGCCCAGCAAACCCAAGCAGAUGAUCUGCUAAAGAAGCUCCAACUGUUACUCCUGCAACAGCAGCAAGGUGGCGGCUCCUAUCAGUACAAUGGGGGGCUCAACAACAAUGUUCCUCCCCCUAUCUAUGACACCGGUCUACGGCAGAACCCCGCGAGAGUCCGCCGCGGUGGCGCCCGUACUUCUGGUCGGGCAAACCCCAACAUCGGUGGCAUUGACCCCAGCCUCCUCGUAGACGGGCAGCAGCAGCAGAAAGACAACAAAAAGCGGCAGAAGGCCAGCAAACUUGACUACAAGCGCGUUGACCAAGUCUGGGACGACACGAUCCACAACUACAAACUCCAGGACACGGCCGAGGGGACAGUAGACGCCCAAUACGAUGAGUUCAUUUUCCACGUUCGUCGUACCUUCGAUUGGGAGGGCAAGUACAAAGCCACCAUUGUCGAUAUCAAGAGCAAGCUGCUUCGCGAGUGCCUCCAGGAUGUCAUGGGUGGCAUCAAGGGUGUGAGCUUGGUCGAUGAUACGCCAAAGCUUGACCCUAACAUGCUCUUCUUAUAUCUUGAAGAUCUCCGCAAACACAUGAAGGAAUUGAAGAAGCAGGCGAAGGCGGCCAAGAAAAAAGAGCAAAAGCGCAUUGAAUCGAAGCGACAGCAUCUGAAAGUGCUGAUCAAAUACAUCAACAAGGACUAUGCGGACAUCAAGAACAGUCUCUACCCGAUGCUGGAGAACGGUCUUAUCACGUUCGACCUGCUCUGGGCCUUGUGGAAACCAAACACGCUGGCAUACACGACUACCUACGGGUCACACGAUGAACCUCGUGUGUUCAAGGUCGAAAUGGCAGAGAAACACCACAGCCUCAUGAAGGGCGACUACUACUACAUUGAGGGCAAGUACUUCGAGUAUGAUGGGAAGCAGUUCGGCUUUGGAGGCAUGGCCGAAGAGAUCGGCGACUUCCGUGGAGCGCGCAAGAUCACGAGCUUGGGCUGCUAUCCGCUCAAGUACCACAAGAACGAAGCGCAGCUGCGGAAGGAGUUGAUCGAGCGCGGCAAGAAGUUUGUGUCGCUCAGCGGCGUGCACUACAAGAGCCAUCACGGGAUGGCCUACUACAAGAAAAAGAAGGCCAUCAUCAAAGUCAACAUCAACGGGCGCAUCAUGAUUGACCCCAGUAUCCACCGCCGCAUCAAUCCGAACUAUCCGAUCUCCCUUGUUAGGCCCAAGGACCACGACCUCCUAUCGGACGAUGAGGACUCGGACGACGAAUCUGGCUGCUGCGGAUGCGACUCGGAGUUAGAGGUCGACGGCGAUCUGGACGGUGAGAAGACCAAGUUCGUGACCAAGGUCGUUCGAGACGAAAAGGGCAACGUUUCGCUUGUCCGCAUGCCCAAGUUCGAUGACGACGAGGCUGCCGGAAAGGAGAAGCUGGACAAAGUGACCGCCAAGGAUGAGGACACAGCACAACAGAACGGGGAAGAGACACCCACCUCUUCGGCAAAGGGAAAAGAGGCCAAACCGAUACCCGAGUUUAGUGAUGAGGAGUACUUAAUCGCGUCUCCGGUGGUUCUUGGGUUUGCCUUUGCCGAGAAGUUGUGGCUGGAAUUCACCGUCUCCGGCGUCAAGGAGAUUCAAUGGAAUGAAACCGCUUACGAGUCCCUGGUGCUUGAGCCAAAGACCAAGGACAUCGUAAAGGCUCUUGUCGAAUCCCACAAGUACCACGCGGCCGAGAGCAUUGACGAUGUGAUUCAGGGCAAGGGCAAGGGCCUAGUUGCUGUGCUACAUGGCCCUCCCGGCACUGGCAAGACCUUAACGGCGGAAGGCAUCUCGGAGCUCCUCAAAUGCCCUCUAUACAUGGCAUCCGCAGGCGAGCUCGGCACAGACUCGAGGUACCUUGAAAGCGAACUCCAGAAGAUACUGGAUAUCUGCCACGCCUGGGGAGCGAUCCUCCUGCUGGACGAGGCCGACGUGUUCUUGGAGAAGCGGAACAUGCACGACAUCCACCGGAAUGCCCUUGUCAGCAUCUUCCUUCGCCAGCUCGAGUACUUCCAGGGCAUUCUCUUCCUCACAACAAAUAGGGUCGAGACCUUCGAUGAUGCCUUCCAGUCGCGCAUCCACAUUGCUCUUCGAUACGACAAUCUCGACCACCGAGCCAAGAAGACCAUCUUCAAGAUCUUCAUCGAGCGUGUGCGGGUGCUUGAGAAGAUCAGCCUGAUGCCCUUCAGCGAGGAGGACUACAACCAACUCGCACGACACGAGCUCAACGGGCGGCAGAUCAAGAACACUGUCCGCACCGCGCAGGCCCUGGCGGUCAAUAAGGGCGAGCCGCUCUCCAUGAGCCACAUCCGCCAGGUUCUCGAUGUGCAAACCAAUUUUGAGCGGGAUCUGAAGGGCGGUACUGGCUACCAGGACGCGAUGAGGAGCUAUUUCUGAGUCUCAUUUCUUUUUUUUUUGGAAGUACCUUUGAGCGUUGGCGUUUUUAGUGUGGUUCUCUUUCGGCCAUGCGGUGGUGGGCACCCCGUUCAGUUGAUACGCGUCCAUCUCAUGGAAGAUAUCCUUUUGGGGAGAUAUCGUCUUCUUUUGUUACUUCAGUCAUUUUUCGGUCAUCUUUUCCCGUUUGUU